UUUAAGUGAAUAAACAUCCACCGACGUUAGUCCACGAACGAACAUCCAUUGGUGAAGUUGUGAACCUUCCUGUGUUACUUCGUGAAUCCUUAAAGUAAUAUGACAGUAUCAAAUUAUUCCUUUGUUUUCAACUUCGAAUCCGAUUUUGAUGAGAUGAAGGCGGUGGCUUGGAUGAAAGAACAUUGGACAGACAGCUUCUACUACGGUUUAUUCUAUCUUAUAGUGAUCUUCAAACUGAAGAAUUUCAUGGAAAAUCGGGCAGCUUACAGAUUGAAGGUACCUUUGGUGCUUUGGAACACGUUUCUCGCAGUUUUCAGUGUGGUAGGAACAUUUAGAUCUCUACCGGAACUGUUGCACACCCUGAGAAUGGGUGGAAUUCACCAGUCCAUCUGUGAUAGAUCAUUUGCUCUAUCAGACGAAGUAACUAGGGUAUGGGUGUUCUUGUUCGUGCUCAGCAAAGGUCUGGAGCUUUUUGACACAGUGUUUAUUGUCCUCAGAAAACACCCACUCAUUUUUCUUCAUUGGUACCAUCAUAUAUCGACUGUUGUGUACGCUUGGUGGGGUUAUGCAGAGGUGAUAUCAACUGCUCGUUUGUUCUACGUUAUGAACUUUUUUGUUCACUCUCUUAUGUAUUCAUACUACGCUCUACGAGGCCUUGGUUAUAAAAUUCCGAAACAGGUAUCCAUAACCAUCACUACCAUUCAAAUACUGCAGAUGAUCGUUGGAUGCCUAGUUAAUAGUUACACUUUGAUACAGAUCCAGAAGGGGAAUAAAUGUGAAACCUCUGUUCUGAAUGUCACCAUUUCUUUAAUUCUGUAUUUCAGUGUUUUUAUUUUAUUCGUUAAGUACUUCCGUUCCACAUAUAUUCAUGGGAGUAAAGAAAAGAAGGGAUAAUGAAGUUAUGGUUAUUUUUUAAUAAUUUGCUUUCUUUAUAAUUCAUAUUUUAUAGAUAAUCAUUAUAUAUUUCUGUAUUUCAUUAUUGAUAUCGAAAAUAAAUGUGGUGAUCUGUGUUUUUCUUAUGCCUCUACAGGAUUUUCUUCUCAGGAGGUGCCAAAAAUGCAGUAGGUGUCCGAAAUCAUUAGUGUUUCUUGAAGGAGCAUGGUAUCAAAUAUGCAAUCUUUAUGAGAUAUGGGGUGUCAAAAAUAGGGACUUGCUUUUUCGUUGUUGGUAUUGAAAGGGCAAUAAUAUUUCGCUAUAAUUUUCAUUAUAUCUUGAAAUUUCCAUACACAAGAAAUGAGAUGAGAAUUCCAACUAAAAUUCUUAAUUUCACUGAAAUGACUUGUAGUAAAUUUCAAUAAAAGCAAGUUUGGAAAAAUGAC